UACGCCGGUGGACGCACACGGUGUGUCUGUGGCAUCGCGUGGCUGUACAUACCUGUGAAUAGUGUAUUUUAAGCCUUAGUUUUAACGAAAUGACCGGUUGAGGAGAAGGCGCGGGAGAGAGCUGUACGCCACGAGACGGAAAAUAACGUGAGAUUCGACGUGAAGGUAGAAGAAAGGGCGAGACAGGGAGGAGAGCUCGGUAAAUACGCCCGAGUGCCCUCGGUGAUAUCUGCGUGACGUUUGCCGUCAUUACCGUCGCUGUCGCCGCCGUCGUCGCCGCCGCCGCAGCCCUCGUCAUCGUCCCCGUCAUCGCCAUCGACUCGUCGUUGUCGCUGUCGUCGUCGUCCCCGACUUACCCACCGCCGCCGUCGUCGCCGCCGCAGUGUGAUCGUCGUCUUCGUGUCCUCGUCCUCGUCGUCGUGGAAACGGUGAGGAUGUGCCGCCGUUAACGGCAGCGCGCGUGCGGAACAUGUUCGCGCAACGGCCGUAGCGAGAAGUUUCCUCUUCGGCAGCCAGACGCCGCCGGCUUCGACCUGCUUUGGAAGCUAACCUUCACGAGGUUGCGCCAAGGGUGCCUCAGCAGCAAGCUCUGCCGUCCGUCCGCCGUGUCCGGGACAGCGGCACGGCCUGACAGCAGCAGCACGAGGACAUGAAGUGGCUCGGCGCGAGCAGCGGAGGCGCCGGGGGCGAGCCGGCAUCCUCCAUGCAGCUGCAUCACACCUCCACCUCCGCCAACGGCCAUCUACCCACGGAUGCAGAACAGUGUGGACAAGCUAUGGCCGGUGGUGAUAACAUGCGGAUUCAACCUGGUCAGACCCAUCAGAUGGGUGUAAGUAGAACUCAGGACGACGCCAUGGUUGGUUAUGUGUUCCAACGACCUACAGAGCCCGAGUUCAACACCCAGUCUUCAUCUUUCCAAGCGAAGCAAGCCCCGAGAGCCUGGGCCUUGGCAGAUGAUGUUAUCGUUGAUAAUAAUCAAGAGAAAUGGAAAUAUUCUAUGACCAAGCUCAGCGUACCACAACAGAGUCAGUCGCAACAACUUGGACUGCAGACUGCAAUGAAUAAUGUACAUCUACCGUACGAGAUACAUCCCAUGCAAUUAAAAAGCGGCGCGCCCGGUGCGGAGCACUUGGUUUAUCUGAACAACCAGAUGACCGCUCAACAGCAAGUGGCGCUAUUUCAUCACCAACAGCAGCAGCAGCAACAGCAACAGCAGCAGCAGCAACAACAACAAUUCAGGAACGGACAGAUCGCUCCCUCGGCGAAAAAGCUCUGGGGCGUGGACGACGGCGGCUCCAAGGACGAGGGGGGUGUGAAAGGCGGUGGGAUACUUCACCUGGGCGACCACCAGAUGUGGCGGGAUUCCACCUGGAGCACGUCAGAUCAUGCGGUGUCACAGCCAAUUUCUAUGGGCACUGGUAGACGCGUGGGCGUUGGAACGGGAUACCACCAUCAGGCAUCAGAAGUUGGAACAGUGCUCAGCCCCCGAAGCAGCGAAACAGGUGGUUUGGGAGUCAAGAUGGUCGAGUACGUUCUUGGAUCGAGUCCCACUACACCGAAAGAAUUGGAGCCACGAAUGGUCUCUCUGAGAUUGAACACCGAUGCGGACAAGAAGGAGAAAGAGAAAGGUUCGGCGAGUCCCUUUGAUAAUUCAAAGGAUGACACUGGGCCGCAGGGCAACGGAUUGGCGUCUCAAAACGGACUGGACGACGACAAAGGAUUCAAUCGCACACCCGGUAGCCGUCAGCCUUCACCGGGGGAGGAAGAGUUUCAGAAGAAUGCGGCUGCGACAUUGGCGGUGAGCGCCGGCGGCGGUGGCGUCGUGCUGCUGAAACCCGGCGUCGACGUGGUCGGCAGCGAGGAGCAUUUUAUGGCGGCGUUCGCGCCGGCACCGCCGCAUCAUCUGCAGCACCACCAGGCACCGCCGACUCACCACCUGCAACAUCCACACUCGCACGCGGCCGCGCAGCUGUUCGGCGCCCAGGCGCCACCACCUCCGCAGGGUCCGCCGCCAUCGCAGCAGCAACAGCAACAGCAGGGUCCUCCACAACCGCAAGACACCACCACGCACUUCGACGUGCAACAACUUUUCCGCAGUCAGCCGCAGGGCGCGACACCGCAACAGCUGCAGCUGUUGCAGCAGCAGCAGCAACAGCAGCAGCAACAGUACUUGGCGGCGUCGCAGGCACAGCAGCAACAGCAACAACAGCAGCAGCAGAACUUCCCGACGGCGCCGUACACUGUCAUCAGCGGCCAGGAACCGUACGUGGGCGCGCUGAUUGCCGGCGCGCCGCCGCCGGUGGUACCGCAGUACUAUGGAGUCGGUCCCUGGGUCUAUCCGGCCGGUCUUCUGCCCCAAGCACCACCACAGGCGGCUGCGCCACCGCCACCGAGACGACCGCUCACACCCUCGUCAGCGGCGGCCGCGGCAGCGGCCGCGCAAGACACCGCGAACAACUUGGCGCAGACGGUUCAGGGCCAGUAUCAGGUGAUACCGGCGUAUUACGACCAGAACGGCUCCAUCGUCAUGGGAGGUAUGCGCGGCCUGAGCUCGGCGGCGACCCCCAUGAGAUUAGUCAGUCCCGCACCAGUUCUCGUGAACAGAGCGCCGUCUCAGCCGCCACCGGGCCCGCCGGCUCCACCGCCGGCGAACCUGUAUUCACAACCGACCCCGACGUCACACAGCAAUGCCACACCCGGUGAAUGUCUCGGUCUGGCGGCGUGCAGUGCAGCGGCGGUGGUCGCGCAAGCCCAGGCGGUUGCGGUGCAACAGGCUCAACAGCAAGGUUCAGGUCUAGCCGCGGGUUUAGCGGCACUAGGAUACGGCGGAUCACCGCUGGGAGCGUUGGGCUCGCCCGCCCAGCUGCAGAAUACAGGAAGCAGGAAAGAGCCGCCUUCUCGAGCGCUCCUCCAAGCGGCGGUCUGUUGGGGAGAUGAUGGUUUAGGCCUCGGUGCGUCCUCGACCGGCAGACGAGAUUCCUUUGAUAGAAACACUUCAGCCUUCAGUCCGAGCUUGGAAUAUAGCCGGGCGAAGUGGCCUCAGAGUUACGGCGCUCUCGGAACAGUGACCGCAUCACCGAGUCCGUUGGGAUUGUCAUUAACACCGCCGCCGACUCUGGGAGGAUCUCUGGGCGGUCUCGUCGGCGGUGCCAGUCGCGUGUCGGCCGCUCCGGGGGCAGAGGCCAAGUUCCGCGCGAGCGCGGUCCCCGCAUUGACCGCCAACGGCGUCUUCGGCUCCAGCAGUUCCUUGUUCCCCAACCUCGUGGGCAAACCAGGUCGCGGAGGCGCCGCCAAUAUCAGCGACAAGAAUGCCGGUGGAAGAUCACGGCUGCUCGAAGAUUUCCGAAAUAACCGAUUUCCCAGCCUCCAGCUGCGUGACUUGGCUAAUCAUAUAGUGGAGUUCAGUCAGGAUCAGCAUGGCUCAAGAUUCAUCCAGCAGAAGCUGGAACGUGCCUCGGCCAGCGAGAAGCAGCUCGUCUUUCAAGAAAUCCUCUCCUCCGCGUAUUCACUCAUGACUGAUGUGUUUGGGAAUUAUGUGAUUCAAAAGUUCUUCGAAUAUGGCACUCCGGAACAGAAAUCCACCCUUGCUCAAAAGGUUCGCGGACAUGUGUUACCAUUGGCGCUCCAGAUGUACGGCUGCAGGGUGAUACAGAAGGCGUUGGAGUCAAUCGGGCCGGAGCAGCAGCAGGAAAUCGUGCGCGAAUUGGACGGGCACGUGCUGAAGUGCGUGAAGGAUCAGAACGGAAACCACGUUGUCCAGAAGUGCAUCGAAUGCGUUGAACCGCGGGCGCUGCAGUUCGUCAUAGGCGCGUUCACCGGCCAGGUUUUCGCGUUGAGUACGCAUCCAUACGGCUGCCGCGUGAUCCAACGCAUUCUUGAACACUGCACCCCCGAGCAGACGCAGGGCAUCCUGCAGGAGCUGCACGCCUCCACCGACCAGCUCAUUCAGGACCAGUACGGCAAUUACGUCAUUCAACAUGUGCUUGAGCACGGAAAGCCGGAGGACAAAGCACAAUUAAUCAGCAGCGUCAGAGGCAAGGUACUCGCUCUCUCCCAGCAUAAAUUCGCGAGCAACGUGGUUGAGAAAUGCGUGACUCAUGCCACCAGGCAGGAACGCGCCAUACUGAUCGAAGAAGUCUGUGGCUUCAACGACAACGCAUUGAACGUCAUGAUGAAGGACCAGUACGCCAACUACGUCGUCCAGAAGAUGAUCGACGUGGCGGAGCCGGCGCAGCGCAAAGUACUGAUGCACAAGAUCCGCCCGCACCUGGGCAGCCUGCGCAAGUACACUUAUGGCAAGCACAUCAUCGUGAAGUUGGAGAAGUUUUUCAUGAAGACCGCCUCGGCGAUGGGAGUGGCGACGCCAGCCGGUGGCUCGACGAGCGGCGGCAGCGAUCUCGGCCCGAUCGGACCGCCCGCUUCCGCCGCUGGUCCCGUCUCUACGCAGGCCCAGGCGUCCACGCAAGUUUUAUAAACGCGCGCGCGGGGUCUUCUUCUUCUCUCCGUCGCGACAGGGACAGACAAGCACAAGAAAGAACAGCGAGAUACACGGAAAGGGAAUGAGAACUCUAUCUAUCUACAUAUAUAUAUGUAUAUAUAUACAUAUAUAUGUAUAUAUAUAUAUAUAUACAUGUAUAUAUACAUAUAUAUAUUAUACAUGUAAGACCUCCGCGCACGCGUCACCAGACACACGUUUGACCCUGCUUUACUUCUAAAACGAGAAAGAGAUCUGUUGUUGUUUCACCACCGUUACGAUCGUCGUCGACGGGCAAAACGACGAAUCUCGGCGAUCCGUCGCGUUUCUCGUUGACCCGUGUCCUCUGAGAAGGCGGAGAACAGAAAAGGAAAACGAAACUGGAAGAAAGGAAAGGAAAAGAACGCGAGAGAAAGAGAGAGUUUGAGAAGCGAGAGGAAAGGAAAGAAAAAGGAAACACACACGACUCGGACACACACACACACACACACGCCGCGCUUCUGUGACGGGAGAAAUUUGCGCUUAAGUGUGUAAUUUUUCUUAUUUUUGCAAAUCGCGGUAAGAUCGACACGAGACACGUGUCGUUCGUACAGCGGCGCGUGCCUCUCCUCGGUAGCCGGGCAACGAGAUCAUCGGCACGGCGAGAGAAAAAGAAAGAGAGAGAGAGAGAGAGAGAACGAGCGCGCCCUCCGACGGAGAACAUCCGUACGUGUUAAGUCCGGAAGGAGCGGUCUGUGAAGAAGAGAAGAACGAAGAUAACCGACACGCGAGAGCGAAUAUAGGGAUAUAUGAUACGUGCAGUACAUUUUUCUAUCGUUAACGGAAAUCGAAAUGCGACCACUCCCCCGGCGCGCAGCGGCUGUGCGUGUCCUCGGGUAUGCGCUGGCACGGGGGAUCAUCCGCGACUCGAGCACACGACGACAACGCGAAUACACACAUACAGAUACACACAUAUACAAGCACCGUGGGGAGUCCACGGUGUAAGACGGCGACCACGACGACGACGACGACGGGUCUCGCGAAACUAAUCGACUUGACUCUAUUCGACCGAAUCUUGAGUUGCAUACCACGACGACGACGACCGAUCGACGAGGAGAGCGGAGUCGUCGCGCGAGGAAUUCGUUAUGAAAAGCUAAAGUUCCCUCACGUAGAUCCGUCGUGCUACUAAUACCAGAGACGCCACUUCGAAAGGAGAAUCUGUCUUUUUCCUUUCUCUUUUUCUCUCUCUCUCUCUCUCUCUCUCUCUCUCUCUCUCUCUCUCUCUCUCUCUCUC